AUGAUCAAACACGAAAAAGAAUCGCCAUCCACGAUGCAUCAUACACUGCCAUUCUUUCAUGCAAAGAUGAAUUCGAGCCAGCAUUACAUUUCCAACAUGGAAUUUAUUCCUCAUCAAGGAAGAACCUCUAACAACGAUCAUACCAUGCUCCAGAAUUAUGCUAAUAACCACCACAACAACUUGGAUAUGGAGCUACAAACCUAUCUAUUGCAAGCGUUGCUCAAUACUCCUUCCUCUCAUCAUUUCACGAAUCAAACCAUUCUUUCCUUCUUGUAUCAUCUCAUUGAUAAGGCUUUACAAUUUUCAAAAUCGGAUUUACCUCUUCGAUGGUCUGCAUUGAGUACUGAUGAUGAUCAGGAGAUUGAUCCUGCUGCUCAAGACAUAUAUCCUUCGCUCCUAUUGUCCUCUCAGCCCCAACACUAUUCUUUUAAUGAACCAACCGUAAUGCCAACCUCUCAAUUCCUUGCUCAGAACAGUUUUCAACCAUUGGAGUAUUGUCUUCCUGAGGCAACAGCAGACGUGUGGUUUCCUCCUGCUGAUGUAGUGAACCGUUUCUUCGAAGGCUUUUCAUCCAAGAAUUUGACUCGAUGUUCGUCCUCCACUCCAAUCACCUUAGAAAAUCAUUCGAUGGAGAGUUGUUGUGGUUUUUCUCCAAUUUCUUCCUUGUCUGGCAACUCAUCUUCUCUUCAUGGUCAACAUUAUGUAGAAUCCAAUCCAUACCAACAACAACCAUCUCCUCCACCAUCACCCGUUACUGAAUUCAUUCAAAAAGCAAUGGGAACUUCGUUAUUGAAACAAUUGCAACCACUCACUACUAGUAACAACAACAGCAAGCAAUUGCCUUUAAAACGUUGUCAUGAUCAUUCUGCUGCAUUAUUCAGCCAAACCUUGAUGAAAACGUCCACAACUCCCCAAAGCAAAAUCACCAAGACCAGAAAAUCCUCUAAAAGUGCCUCUGCAUCGUUUCUGGACCAAAAACGAAUCAAAGAUAUCGUGUUGGUUGAAUUCAACUCCAACCAUGGUCCAACUGGACGAACUUCCCAAGCACAGACUUUGGUUGAUGAUGGAGUGGGUCAAUAA